AUGGCACUAAAUGCUGUAUUGUUUCUUGGCAUUCUUUUUGUGUCUGAAGUUUCUAUGAUAGAUGUUCACCCGCCCACCCCAAACACCCAAUCAAGCGUUUGCGGAGACUGGCAUCAGUACAGAGAGGAGAAGUGCAUCAAAAUUUUCAAUGCUGCGCACACUUUUGAUGACGCAGUGGAGCUGUGUCGCAAGGAUGGCUCUGAACUUCUUCUAGUCACUUCAGCAGAUGAGCAGGACGCUUUGGAUGGCUACAUCUUCAAGGAGAAGCAAAUCGCUGACUCAGUGUGGAUCGCCGCAAAGAUGAACACCUUCAGUCACAUGUUCAAAGCGCUGGACGGUACUGAACUGUCGUACACCAACUGGGCCACCGGAAGGCCUGGUAGCAGUCUCAGCCGAAACUGUGUUCAAAUAUCCUCCGAAGCGGAGACACUAGGCAAGUGGAUGGAUGAGCCGUGCCAAAAGUACAAUAGAGUGGUGUGCGAGAAGAAGCCCAUUUGGACGGUAGCACAGCUGCAGCAAGCACUACUGGCCGACAGGAGAAAGUUCUCAGAGGAGAUANCACUGAGCUGUCGUACACCAACUGGGCCACCGGAAGGCCUGGUAGCAGUCUCAGCCGAAACUGUGUUCAAAUNUACUGAACUGUCGUACACCAACUGGGCCACCGGAAGGCCUGGUAGCAGUCUCAGCCGAAACUGUGUUCAAAUAUCCUCCGAAGCGGAGACACUAGGCAAGUGGAUGGAUGAGCCGUGCCAAAAGUACAAUAGAGUGGUGUGCGAGAAGAAGCCCAUUUGGACGGUAGCACAGCUGCAGCAAGCACUACUGGCCGACAGGAGAAAGUUCUCAGAGGAGAUAAAGCAACUGGCCACCAAGGUGGAGCGACUGGAGAAGAGCAAUGCAGUAGUUGUUGGAUUCACCUACAUCCAACUGCCUCAUGAACAGUCGCCAGAUCACAUUUGGCCAGACUUCACGUGGAAGGACAUCAGCGCCAGCUAUGCCGGCGUCUUCUUUCGCGUCUCUGGCGGAGCGGCGGGCGCCUUUGGAUCGACGCAAGAGGAGAACGCCCCUCGGGUGGAUCAGAUUGAGACUGCCUACUGGACAAAUUGCACCUUCAACCAGCAGACGCCACUGGCGGUCAACGGAUGGAGUCAACCGGCUAAGACCGGCUACUACGUGGGCACCACCGGGAUGUGCACUCGCUUCCACACCACUAGUGGAGAAGUGAGGCCAAAAAAUGUGGCGAUCAAUGUGUGGAAGCGAACCGCUUGA